AUGCUUUCAUUUGUGACCUUGCUUGCCCUAAGCUCCGCGACGGCGCUUGCGGCAAGCCUCUCCGUCAGAGCAGCAGCGCCCAAGUACUCGAUUGAAUGGUCAAAUUGCACCGAUAUCAAUCUCCCAAACCUCCAAUGCCGAACUAUGCAGGUACCGCUCGACUGGUCUGAGCCUGGCAGUGCCAAGAUCAGCCUCUUCAAGACCAAGAUCAUAGCCACCUCGACGGCUAAGGGUUCAGGGAACAAGAUUGGCAGUCUGCUUUGGAACCCAGGUGGGCCCGGAGUCACAGCCAGUAUAACAUGUCAACUAACCGCGGCGGGCCAGAUCGAGUACUUCAGUCCUGCCCUCUAUGAGUAUUUCGACAUCGUUUGCCCCAACCCUCGAGGCGUGGGACAGAGCACUCCCGUGAAAUGUGAUCCCGCCAUAUCUAAUAAGAUGCCGCAGCUCUUUGUCGACGAUGUCGCUUCGUUCCAGAGACUGGCCGCAUGGAAUCGAGUCUUCAGCAACCGCUGUCUCAGCAUGACGGGAAAGCUGCUCCGACAUGUCGACACCACCUCAGCUGCCCACGACCUGGAAGCCAUCCGGCUCGCCCUCAAUCAGGGUAAAAUGAACUGGUUCGGUAAUUUGUAUAGCUCACAACUCGGCGUGGCGUAG